AGCAUGCCCUGUGCUCACUUCUGUCUGUGUCCUCUCCGGAGGGUGUGUGUGUUUAUCUGGCCUGUCUUUCCUGUGCUCCACCAUGAGCCACUCUCACGCCUCCUCAUCCUCUUCAUACCGCCGAACGUUCGGUGGUCCCAGCUACCUGACGGCACCCAUGUCCCGUGCCCUAUUCGGCCGAGCCUCCACCAGAGGGUCUGGCAGCUCUCGGGUCAGCUCCAGAGUCUAUGAGGUCACCAAAUCGUCCUCUCCAGGAUUCUCCAGUUACCGAGCAUCCUCCUCCAGUUUGCCUAACUUGUCUGCGGGCUUUACACGCUCCUAUGGCGGGAUGGGUGAGACCCUGGACUUCAACCUGGCCGACGCACUCAACCAGGAGUUUCUGCAAACACGUACCAAUGAAAAAGUUGAGCUGCAGCACCUGAAUGAUCGCUUCGCCAACUACAUCGAGAAGGUUCGUAUGCUGGAGCAGCAGAACCAGGUACUGGUGGUCGAGGUGGAGCGGUUAAAGGGGCGGGAGCCCACGCGCAUCGCCGACAUGUACGAGGACGAGAUGAGGGAGCUGAGGAGAGAGAUUGAAGUGGUGACCAACCAGAGAUCACGUGUGGAGGUGGACCGGGACAACCUAGCCGAUGACCUGCAGAAACUGAAACUCAGGCUUCAGGAGGAGAUCGCACAGAGGGAGGAGGCAGAGAACAAUUUAGCCGCAUUUAGAGCUGAUGUGGAUGCUGCCACUUUGGCCCGUCUGGAUCUGGAAAGACGUAUAGAGACCCUACAGGAGGAAAUCGCCUUCCUCAAGAAGAUUCACGAGGAGGAAAUUCGUGAGCUACAGGCCCAGAUGCAAGAAACCCAAGUCCAGAUCCAGAUGGACAUGUCUAAACCGGACCUGACUGCUGCCCUGAGAGACAUCCGUGCUCAGUAUGAAGGCAUCGCAGCAAAGAAUAUUGCAGAGGCAGAGGACUGGUACAAGUCAAAGGUGUCAGACUUGAACCAGGCAGUGAGCAAGAAUAACGAGGCUCUGAAGCAAGCCAAGCUGGAUACCAUGGAGUACAGACACCAGAUCCAGUCCUACACCUGUGAGAUCGACUCCCUCAAGGGCACUAAUGAGUCUCUCAUGAGGCAGAUGAGAGAUAUGGAGGAUCGUCACGGUCGAGAGGCUGGUGCUUUUCAGGAUACUAUCGUCAGACUGGAGGCUGAGAUUGCUAACAUGAAGGAUGAGAUGGCUCGUCACCUGAGAGAAUACCAGGACCUGCUCAAUGUUAAAAUGGCCCUGGAUGUGGAGAUCGCCACCUACAGGAAGCUGCUGGAAGGAGAGGAGAGCAGGAUCGUGAUGCCUAUGCAGGCCUACUCCACUAUAAGCUUCAGAGAGACGAGUCCAGAGCACCAUCAGAGAGCCUCAGAAAUGCACUCAAAGAAAACCGUCCUGAUCAAGACCAUUGAGACACGUGAUGGAGAGGUGGUGAGUGAAUCUACACAGCACCAGCAGGACGUCAUGUAAACUUCAGACAUGGAGCAGCAAACCAAAGAACCAAACCAGGACGGAAAUAAAAGCUUUAGGACAGUUCAUCACAUUCUGUACUUUUCUUUUUUCACAUAUUUGAACAGUAAUACGAGCACAAAUGCAUGUGUGAGGAGAGAGGUGUCACUUUCUUUUCAAAUCUGUAUUUUUAAAAAGCGAACUUGAGGAAUCACGUAAGGUAGUUUAUCCUCUUUAAAUGUUCGAUAAGCAAAGGAAGAUGGAAGGAAGGAAAUACAGGAGGAAAAGAUGGGGUUCGGAGAGGAUGAAAGAACAGAAUAGGCUAAUAGAAAAUGAUGGAGAAAAUUGACAGGACUGUGCCAAGCAUAAGAAAGAAUAAAUUAAAGACACCUAAACUGACGCAUUCAAUAAAUGUCUGUU